CUUCUUGCCCAUUCACCAAGGAAAGGGGAACAUGACGAAGGGAAGACAUGGACGGUGAGGGGGAGCUGGAGCAGCGCAUCGACGCUCGCAAAGAGGUCCGCAAGGCCGAGCGUGAUCCCUGGAAUCGGCUCAACAGCAUCGUCCAGGAUGCAGAAUGGGUCUCGAGCAUUGCAUCGAGCCUCUUUCCAUAUCUCCCGACGGUGGCAAACCUGAGAUGCGGGGCAUGGUAUCUACCUUCGAUGGAGCGAGGCUGCUACUUUAAAUCCACCGAUGGCCACACCCACCAGUGGGCCUUCAGCCUCAAGCGGUACAAUCUACCGCUGCUCGAGCUCAUCCUUGCGCGUGGGGGAUGCGUCGUGGUGGACUCGACGCGGCGGGGCAAGUCCCUGCCAGACGCCCUGUCCAAGACGCUGCCGAUCUGGUGUGCGGUGCUGAACCGAGCUUCAUCGAGACGGUACGGCUGUCCUGCAACGGCGGAGACUUGCAGGCUAAAGACGCCAAAGGAUGUCGUCAGUCCGUCGGAGCAUGCCCAGAUCGAGGACAGGGUUGAGGGUUGGGUCGAGGCACUAUUGCAGUCGGACCUGCCCAUUGUCAAGCUUGAUAAGCCGCUGAGGCCGCUUUUUGUGACGCCGAGCCGGAUCGACGAGGAAGAGAAAGACGUCUAUCCAGUCGUGGCGCUCUCGGCGUCGGUCAUGGUCGACGAUACUCCCGAGCUUGUUUCUCUGUCUCCGAGCCAACAUUGUGCUCUCCAAAGGAGGGUCCAAGCUCAAACACAACCUAGGCGUACGGAUGACGAUGACAAGCUCCAAAGAGUUGAGCUCAUCGACAGGCAGUUCAUCUACGUUCAAGGCUCUGGCGAUGACGAAGAAGCCUGGGCCCAGGGCCUCACGCCAUCGCUCUUUUGGCAGCGGGACAAUCUCGAGGCGAUUCUUGCAUCGGGUGGUCCAGAGCAGUGUCAGUGCAUUCUACGAGACAUUGAGGCCAAGAGCAAGGGUCUCACCGCCAUCAGACUGGAUGAAGAGCAAGGGGACACGAAUGUAAAGGGGACCCCUCUAUUUCUAGGCCGCCGAAUCCAGGGCCACGCUUUCUCAAAAGGGGAGAAGGACCGCUUCGAUGUCAUUUUCUUCAUGGAUGACACUCCUUCUGUUUCUGAUGAAGAGGAGGAGGAAACUAACGCGGAACAAAUCCACCGCCUCGGUCUCCAACCUGGGAAAAGGGGCCUGAAUGGCUUCCGAGCGGUUCUUGAGGCAUGGCUGCCCCGUAUCCAGCGUCAACUAGUUGAUCAGCGAUGCAAAGGCAUCCUCUUUUGCUCGACGGACGCAGACAAACAUGCCGACCUCGCCGCUUCCUUUGCCAUUGCUGUCCUGGCGCGCUGCUUUGACGCCUCAAGAGAGCUGAUUGCCCGUGGCGAAAGAGAAAUCGGAAAGGACGACGUUCGCAGGAGGAUGCAGUGGCUUGUCACCGACGUGCCCUGGUCGAACCCGUCGAGGAGUCAUCUGCUGAGGGUGAACCAGGUGCUUUUGAGUCCUGGUCAUCGACCAUCUUGCAAUGCCUCCUCAUAAUCACUCUGUACACUACGCAAGACGAAACG